GAGCCAUAGAUAGAGGGAGGGAACGAGCGCGGAGACGGAGAUGAAUACGUAUUGCUAGCGAAAAUAUUUUGCAGACACACAAAGGGAAGAGGUAACUGUUUUUUUUAUUUUCAUUGGAGGUUAUUUGAAUUCAUUUGAGUGUGAGGUUACAAAGAAAGAGCGUGUGGGUAGACAGAGAGAUCGAGACGAACCCAGAGACACACUGCAGUGGAGCUGGAAUAUGGAUGCACAGUCUGAGAGCUGUGAACCGCCGCCAUGUGACCCGCAGCCUCCAGGUAAAAUCAGGAAAGCAUUCAAGCUGUUCGGCAAGAGGAAACCAGGCAGUGGCGUCGCUAGCAUCUUCUCCAUCCGGGGAAAAGGAGAUGGAGUCUCUAAAUCACCGCCGUCCAGGAGCAGUACUCUGGAUGGAUUAAAUGAGCCAACCGCCCCUGAAGCAGAAGCGGAGCAUGUGGAUCUUGACCAGGAAGAGGAGAGUCAACAGGAGGAUGCUCCGAUGGACGAGUUCACAAGCGGGAAUAUGAAAACUGAAACCACCCCUACGAGGCAGUCUAUCUCCUCCCUCACCUCGGCCAAGUCCCUGAGCUUCCUUAACAUGCUUCGCAAAGGUCGACGAGGAGUAGCGGAAGAACGUCAGGCUCAGACCGAGUCUCAGAGGCCUGGGCGGCAACGGAAGGGCCUGAAGGGGCUGUUUGGUAACAUACGCUGGCCUAGUAAAGAGAAGGAGGCUGAAGAAGAAGCUGAACCUGGGCCUCCCCUUCUUGCGUCCCGCUCCAACAGUGUCGAGAUUAUAAAGGAAAGCCUCACAUUGACACCUGGCCCAACACCUCGCUCGGCAGAGGAGCAGGAACAGGAGGGAUAUCAACAGCUUCCUAUAACACUAGAGUGCCCCACAUCAUCGAAGGAUGCUGAAAAGCUGAGCGAGGCAGCAAAACCACAAAAAGAUGAACGUUUGAGCACGCUGCUUGGAGAUAUCUCAUCAAUUUUAAGCUUUGAUACAUUUACGCCAUGUGGAGAUAUUGUAGCGGAUGUUGAGGCAGAAUGGGUCAAAGCCAGCUGUCGCAUGGAUGUAGAAACAACGCUGAAGGUGGAUGAUUCUGAGAAGACUUCCUCUGCUUCAACCAGAUCAAAGCCCAGCCCUUCUCCUACAUCAACUUUGAGCCCCACUUCCUGUAAGCCUUCCCCUACUUUAGUGACCAAACCCAUCUCUUCACCUGUCACCAAAAAACCCAUUACCAGCCCUUUGACAGAACCAGCUUCCCCUCCAACAUCCUCUCCAUUGACCAGAACGCCACCAUCCAUGCCCUCCGCCCCAAUUAUCCCAACUCCAUCCGCUAGCCCUCUCACCAAACCAACACCAGCCCCAUCAGCUAUGCCCAUAAGCCAACCUACCCCAACUCCUACCCCAGCUCAAACCACCCCGAUUGUCCAACCUACUCCAACACCUUUCUCUUAUGCAGAGUCUGCCCAAGAUGCUACAUCAAGCCCCACAUUUAAAUCUAUUUCUUACCCUGCCGACCCUGCCCUGUCCCCUAAAUCUAGCCCUGAACUCAAACCCACCACAAUACAACCAGCUAGCGUCACAUCUGCCUCCAUGACCCUACCUAUUCCAACCUCCACACCUGCCCCUUCUCCUACCACCACCCCCAUUUCAGAAACCUCCCCUUCACCCACAACUAGUAGUACUACACCGGAUUCUUUUACCAAAACGAAACCUUUCCAAGCAGCAAAACCAACACAUGAAUCCAAACAGGGUUCAUCUACCUCUGCGAAACAACCGCCACCAUUUGUUAUAUUUGGUAAACCUAACAAGCCCCCGGCGCCGACAAAGAGACCAAAACUCAUAACAACAUUCGGAUUAUCAUCGAGCCGUAACACCGCUCCUAUUUCCACCGAACCGGAGCAGCCAACAGGACAAACCAUAAAAUCCAACUCCCAAAGUGACAAGACUGACCAAGCGCCAAAUGUAAGAAAAACCUCUAUCUCUGAAUCGUCUACUAAACCAAUUCGACCAUCUACUUCAUCAAACUCCAUUCAGAGAGUAGAAGAGGAUGCCAGGAUGCAUUUAAGGAAGGACGUAAGACAAGAAGGAAUAGAUAUGAGAGACUCUGUGGCUACUCAAAGCAUCACCAAAACAGUGAAGAAGGGCACGACAGGGAGGCCUGCAACUCUGAGCAAAAUCCCUGUAAGUGGCGGAGGCAGACCUGUAAAGCAGCGUCAAAGAGAGGCCCAGCCCAACGGAGAUGAGGACCACUCCAAUCCACCAACACCAGUAAAUGAAGAGCAGAGCCAAUUCUCUCUCUCACGGGAAAGCAGCAGCAAAGAGGCCCUCAGCGAUAAUUCCAUAGAAUCAGGGUCCGUCACCCCAAUCCUCGGUCAAGAGGACAUUGGUUUGAGUUCCGCACACCCCACAACCGGUGCCACAAGCUUAUCCCGAGAAUCCAAGAUUCCAGUCAAACAUGGAUCCACUGCUAACUACCAUUCUGUGCAGGGAAGAAUGGAAGCUGCACGUUCCAAGAUACCCGUGUCCAAAAUGCCCGUCCGCCGGACCAGCAAUAAGCCCACGCCGACAGCUACUACUGCCUACGCCCCCCGAAAAUAACUAAGUUCUCAUUCUCUUUGCAGAAAGACCUAAUCACAUUCCACUGGCAACUUUUCUCAAGAUCUUCAUCUGAUAUUUAGUCAGGCAUCAUUACGCCCGGAUUAAGCUAAUAUCCUCCUGUGGACAACUGGAUUAUGUUUUUUAACUAAUUUGCAUACCGGUGUCAAUAAUUUGUAUUAACUUGGUGUUUCCAUUCUUGUAUCUAUUGCACCGUCUCUUUCUGUGGAUUUAAUUCUGUGUGCCACCCAAAACAGACACACACACACACACACAGGCUCUAUCUAAAGGGAUCCCCUGGCAACCUAACAUGCAAAUUAAAAGGCUGGCACUAAAGCACAAGAGCCCUUACCUGGAAUAGAUAGCCAUGUAGAUCUCCUCCGCAGAAACAAGGAAUGGAUCCAUCCAUUAUCUCUGGAGUAGAGCGGCUUGUCAUCAGCAUCAAAGUGGUCCAUUAUGGUUUUUCGAAGCCAACAUGGAGUCAUGUGGUUUUUUUCCAGGUCUACAACACCAGAAGGGCCCAGUAUCAUCAGAACGGUGCUUUUUUCUUCCUGGCCUGCCACACAGGAAAAAAAUUUUUUACAGAGCAUUGAAGGAUCUUUGUAGCCUUUGUUACUUGGCCUUCUUUU